AUGGCGGAUUCGUUACCAGAAGAUGUUUGGCUGAUACGACCAUGUGAAGUAUAUAAAGAAGAGUAUAAGGAUUGUAAAGCCUUGUUCAGUCGUCUGUAUCAACACUAUAUAGAUGGCCAGAAGAACAACUGUGCUGUCUGGUUGACCGACUACGAGAAUUGCAUGAAGUUUCGACAUAAGAAAGACUUGAAGGCAGCUGAGGCAGUUUUAGAAUCUGAACGAGAGAGAAGGAAGAUUCGUUUACAAAAUGCCCAGGCAAAUGAUAUUUGGGAAUACAGGAAAAGCCCUCCUUCAUCGUGGUUUGCACCUUUAGAUUUAGAUAAAUGA